GUGUGAAGGAACGAUUGAGCCAGAGGGGCUGGGAACCGCAGUGGACUUUCCCAAUGUAUAAGGAGGCGCAUUUCCAAAGCACUACGCACGAGCUCCUCUCCAUCAUCAAGGGCUCCGCCACCCUCCUCCUGGGUGGGGCAGACGAGAUCGCCAGCCAUCUUAGUAGCGGCAGCAACAGCAGCUCGAGUACGGGCGACAAGUCCGACGAAGCGGGAACAUGGACGACGCUGGACGUCUCGACGGGGGACGUGCUGCUGCUGCCGGCUGGAUACUCGCAUCGCGCCUUGCAGGAUCGUGGUGGAUUUACGAUGAUCGGGAGCUACCCGCGCAACGGGAAGCAAUGGGAUAGUGAGUUCAGACAAGCCUCUUCAUGACUGAGUCAGAAGCUAAAGAGAUCCUCACGCCCGCCUUACUUGAUAGUGUGCUACCCAGACAGUCAGAAGGUCAAGGAGGUGACGUCCGCAAUCGAACAGCUGAUCAAUUCAACGGCACGCAAAGGCCUGGGGGACGCG